AGGUAGUGUGCUGUACAAUCAGCGGGACUUCCGAGCGCGAGCGGUAGUUGACAGGGGGCACGAUUGAUGGUACCGCCGUUGCCGAAUGUGCAUCGCUAACGAGACGGAUCUGCUCCAGUCUACAUAAAUUCUUUUCGAUUUCAUUAUCAUUAUUACUGACAUAAGAAUUUAAUUAUAUCCACGUUUUUACAUGGAUCGCAAUUCAAUCAAAUUCGCAGUGCCCCGGUCACGAAGGUAAUAUCGGCGCGUGCACGAAGCAUGAUACGGGCGACGGCGGUAUCGCGGAAAAUAAAUCUGAUAAAAAUGACGUGGUAAGAAGAUACGCUUAUCACUUGACGGGAGCGUCGAAGGAAUUACAAGGUAAAUGCACUUUCGGCGCACACCGAAUUAUUCCCGUCGCGCUAUCGAUCCGAGAUUUUAUCGCGUGAACGUAAGUAUCAACGAGAUCCCGGAAGUACGCCGAAAAAUUUCCUCGUCCCCCGGCCGUGCCCGAGCCAGACUUUUCUUCCCUGUAAUCCGAUACGGUUCGGUUCUCGGAAAAGUCGUGCGUAACGCACAAACAUUGUCGUGACAAACGGAAAAACCGCCGUGGAGCUGCGCUCCAAUGCGGAUUAUCGCCGCUCUUGGAUUCGCGUCCGAAGGGAAAUUUAUCGUUAUUACGCUAAUCUUGCGUAUUGCCAUCCUAAUUUGGUACAGAGUCGAUUAUUGCGACAAUUCUGCGCGAAUAUUCUUCGGCUUUAAUGUUACGCAACUGAAUGCACUCCUCGGGUCCGGCUGGUUUUGCGCCUAACGCGUUGUAUUGUUGUGGCCUGACGUGUAGAAGUAGGAUGGAGGAGAGCACGAGCUCGGAAAAUGUCUGGCACAAGGUCAAGCCGGAAGAGCAGAGCGAGCUGUUCCAAGGGGAGUCCGCAACCUCAUCUGUAGAGGCCAACUCUACGUCGUUGGCCGAUAUAUUUGACACGGCGUUCACGUCGACGGUCGAUCCAUCGCCGCAACCUCGGUUUCCUUCAGGUAAUGAAAUGGAAUAUGAGCACUUAUUUGCGGAAAGUGAUAUCGAAGAGUCAGACGUGACGGCUAUAGGUCCUUAUGCAAAUUCAGCUCAUCCUACUGCUUCCGAGAACAGUUAUGUUAUGAACAGUUAUGAGAAUUAUAUAACUCAGCAAGUUGCGACUGGUCGUUCGCAGGAAUAUUGGCAAUCUGAUCUCUUGAAUUGCAACAUGUGCCAAAAUAGACAAGAAAGAAAUUCUAAAAAAGAUCCGCCGACUCGACAAUUGAAUAAUUCGUGCGAGGAGAGAGUGUGUGAUAAUUAUAGAAGAAAAAGAAUUUUGCACGAUCGUGAUUUGACGGUCAAGCAUAAAACUAAGAAGAGCGACGAGCAAAAGUUAUUGAGCGGUCAACAGCCGGAUAGUUUGAGUAUAGCUGGACCAUCUAGAUUGUCAGAUCAUCCUAUUUCAAACAAUAUAACGAGAUCAACAGAAAAUGCAGAUGUUUUACAAAAUUUAGGAAGUGAUAAUGCCAAUGAGUCUAAUAGUUUGUAUCAUUCAGUUAUAUCAAAUGUGAUAACUCCUCAAGAAGUGCAUUCAUCUCAAAGCGAUGAUACACCAUCGGCACCAGAUUUGCAGUUAGAUUGGUCCUCCAGUAGUGAUAGUGAUGAUGAGGAUGGCUCAGUUGAAGUACUUGGAACUGUCAAUAAUGCCAAAAAUUCAUUAGAAAAUACAAAUGAAGCUAAUCGUACAGUCACCGUAGUUGACUUAACUGUAGAAUCUGAUGAAGAGCACACAUCAUCUACGCCAACAAAUCCUGUAGUUAAUCCAUGGUCAGCAGAUUAUAAUCAUAGAAAUAAUACUCACUGUGUGCAUGGAACACCAGAGUAUUGGAAUCAUUUGCAUAACAUGCAUAAUAGAGGCACGUAUCACAAUCACAGAUUGCCUGUUCAUUCAGGUUAUUCGUCUGUAGGAGAUGCGGCUACUGAAGUAGUGCAAGUAAGACCACGAAUGCAUCCUGUGCAAGAAAGAUUGUGGAUGAAUCAACAACGUAUGCAAGAAGUACAUAGACGAAGACUUUAUCACAGACGUUCAGAUCUCUCUUCGUUACAUCACACUGCGGGACCAUGUAACGCUCACGUGCAUUCAUCGACACAACAUACUUGCGGAGGAAACAUACUUGAGGGAGGAAACAGUAGUCCCCCGAACACUCCCCGAUGCAAUAAUGGAACGGACAACGCGACGUACACAGAAAAUUAUCUCCCGCCUCCUAUUUUACCGCCGCCGCAGCAACCUACUGUUUACAGUCACCCUGAGGCUCGAGGGCCAUCUAGCUUUUAUAGGGGACCAUGCCCUGUGCUGCCUAUAAUCGUAAAUCCAUUGAAUAAUCAGCCAGUAGACUCGAUGUCUUCACUGAUGUUACCGUCGAUACAUCAACCGAUACAUCAACAUGUGCAUCAUCACAUGUAUCAUUAUCCUCCACAUCGGCCGUCGCAACGCAUGCAUCACGUUCACAUUAGUUUCCAUCCUCAUAUGCAAGGAUCCGGAGCACACCAGAUAGUGCCGUUUGCACCAUCGGAAUUUCUGUUGCAAGGACGUCAUAUGUCACGACUGGACAAUUAUAUGCGCAUUGUUGAUUUGCGACGUAUGGCUCAUAUAAGUUGUGGGGCUACACAAGAGUCCAUUGAAAGCCACACAUUCCCUCACAAAUAUAAACGGGUAAAAAAAGUAGAAAAUGGGGAAGAUGCUAUUGAGAAAUGUACAAUAUGUUUAUCUGAAUUUGAAGAUUGUGAACGUGUCCGGAGGCUUCCAUGUAUGCAUUUAUUUCAUAUUGACUGCGUUGAUCGAUGGCUAUGCACCAAUAAACGUUGUCCUAUAUGUCGAGUGGAUAUCGAAACAUUUCUCCAUAAGGAAUUUACUACUUCGGCAUAGUUUAAGGUUUCCCAUAUCUGCCUCUUUUUAAAAUGUAAUCAGGUAACAUGUAUAUGAUAUCAAAUAUUUCAAAAUGGCCCAUCCAAGAAAAAAAAAAUGCACUGUGUUACCACUACUAUUAUGGAAUAAAGAUGUAAAAAUGAUGUUACGGAUAAUCAAAAUAACGAAGCAUCAGCUGAGUUCCUCAAGAAGACGAGAAGAAUUGUCAUUAUUCAAUUUUAAUAUUUCUAACGAUGAUUAAUUUUAUGCGUUUUGAUAAUGAUAAAUACUAAAUUGGUUUAGCAAACAUUUAAUGAUUUAUUAAAUCUUUUAUUUUUAUCUAUAAAUAUAUGAAAAAUAACCUAUA